ACAGUUGUUUUCAAGCUAUCUUUAAAGAGUGAUUUCCCACGUAUUAUUUUUCUUUCCGUCACAUUAUCCGUCUAUUUAGCCUUAUUCACACCACGGUGAUAACGAACGACGUCCUUCUGGAAGGUCGCGUUUUGGCACUUGGAGAUUUUCUUUGAACUUUUUUCCGCCUCAGCUGUGAACCAAUAAACCUCUGGAGACCGGUUCUAUAUAAAAAGAGCGCUACAGAAUCUCCUGCGCACAACACUGGUCGUUCACCUGGAUAUCGGCGUCACUGACCCGGGACCUUUGCAAUAUGGAUGUAGUACCAGCUGAAAUAAUAACUGAGUGGGCACCCAGUCAUUUCGGAGAAGAACAAGCCAGCUCUCCAGAGUCCUCUCUGGACUCCAUGUGCUCUUCACCGGAGAUGAGCUGUCCAAGCGGAUCUCCGGACACAGACUUUUCAUUUGGUUACUGUGGACGAAGGAUGACUAACGCAACGCAGAGGCAGAGCAAGUCAAAGAUGUCCACCAAGAGGCGCAUGAAGGCCAGCGAGAGGGAGAAGUUGCGCAUGAGGAGCCUGGCGGAGGCCCUGCACCAGCUCCGAGAUUACUUGCCUCCGGAUUAUACCAAGAGAGGACAACCACUCACCAAAAUACAGACCCUCAAAUAUACCAUUGAGUACAUCAACAAACUCUCGGACAUCCUUAGCCAUGCGUAAUAUUCUUUUACGCACGUUCUGACUUUUCGCCCUUUUCUAGAUGCUGUAAAUAUUGUUAAAUGGGCACUUGUCGAUUGCUAUGUAUAUUGGGACAUUCUUUUAGUUUUUGUUCAUUUCAAUUAAGUUUGACUUUAUUAUAGAUUUAUACGAGCGUGCAUCCCUAUAGGCCUAUGCCAACUGGUUGAAGACACAGAUAGGCUA